AUGAAUUAUUUAAAUUUAGAUGUCAUUUAUCAAGCAAAACAAUUAUUAAAUGAAACGUAUCGUGCAAAAAAUUACUCCGAUUACAAAUUAAAUGAAUUACUCAGUAGAAAUUUAACAUUAUUUUGGACUACAAUGCAUCAUUGUUUAAAUUUACACGAUUUAAUCAAUUAUCAAUAUAUUAUAUCGAAUUAUUCCCAAGUUAUCAUGUUACAUCGGGCAAAUGACACAACACCACUACAUCACUACACAAAUUUACACUCUAUCUAUACAUGGUGUAAUCUAGGCAAAUCCACAUGGUUCACAAAUGUAUUCACUAUGAUGCAUCAUAAUUCAUGGCAAGAGAAAGUAUCCAUUGAAUUACAAAAUUAUUUAGUGCCAUGUUUGUUAUUUUUGAAUAGUUUCUGUCUUAUCUUAUGUAUUGUUGGGAUUUAUCGACUUGGUGUAUUGUCGAAUAAGUCACAACAGAAAAUAUUGAUUCUUAUGCGAUAUCAAUCGAUUGUACAAAUGUAUACACCGGCGACAUGGCCCCUAUUAUUAUGGUAUUGUAUUUUUAGUUUGUUAUGGUUAAUUCUAAUCUUUGGUUUGAACAUUAUUACAUCGCAAUAUUUGAAAAUUCAUCCUCCCACUCAUCAUCAUUAUCACCCUACUAAUUUGUAUCAUUACAAUUCAUAUUGCCGUAUAGUGAAUUAUUUAAAAAGUAUAUUAAAGUAUAUUCCAACAUGGCUGGCGAGUUUAAUGUUAUGUGAUCGAGCGAUUGGUGAAUACCGGAAUCGUUAUCAAGUGUACGCGCCAACCGUGUUAUACAAUCAUGAUGAUUUCGUACGAUUACGCCACCCAUCACAUACAUCAUACACGCUAGAUGAUGAGCGUAGAAAAUAUUCAAUGAUCAAUCUGAAAAAGGAUAAUGAUAAUAAGUUAUUUAGAAUACAUGUAGACAAUGUUAAAAUGAAUGUCAAGCCAAGGAAAUCAUGUUUAUGUUGUCAUAAAAAUUCAUAUAUUCAUUGUAUAUUUCAUGGAUUACAACGAAUCCCAGCGGAACAUCGAUUUCAAGCAACUGCACAAUCAUCAACACGACGAAACGAUCAGAGUACACCACAAAUGGAAUUAACUACUACUACUAGUAGUAGUAGUAGUAGAAAUUAUGAACAAUUAUUACGCGAUUUGACGAGUUGGAAUGAAUGUGGUCUAAGUCGUAUUGGUGGCUUAGUAUUAUUUAGUAUUGUGACAUCGAUUAUAUGUUUGAUUAAUACACAUUUAAUAUGGUUGUAUAAAAUUAAAAAGUCAACAAAACGUUGUAUUUUGUCGGCUGGUGAUACUUAUAUCUUGUCAGUGUUCUAUCCGUAUUUAUUAAAGGUAAGCACGUAUGUAUGUAUGUAA